AUGGUACUUGUUGGGGAGGUACCUGCCCAAGAGGCACCUGCUGAUGUUGUUGCUACUGCUGUUGUGGCUGUGGCUCUUGCUACAGAGGUGAAUUUGUUUUCCCAGGAUUUGAGUUGCUCACUCAUUCCCUGCACACACCACACCAUCAUAGAAUUCACGCAUGUCAACUACUAUAGGAGCCGUUGUGAACUCUACUGUAGGAGGAGGCACAUUCACAUUCUCCGGUGCAGCGGCUGGGUGCAAGGGGACGUCGAUUUGGCAGAUGGUAAUAGUGGGGAUCUGACCUUUGUUAUUGUUACUGGUGAGCUGGCAAUCAAGGGUAUUGGUGUAUUUAAAAAUAAAAAAGAAAAAGAAAAUCCACAUGAAUGGAUAGAAGGCUCUCCAUUAAUAGUGGAACUUCGAAAAAAGAUCUUAACCUUUAGAGAUCUUAUUGAUUUUCCUCCUUGCAAUGAAUGUGAUCCUAUCAAUGAGUUGUUAAUGAGAACUGUGAAGGACCUCCACAAGCUUUACCCCAAAGUCGUGCCCUAUACUCUAAUGAGAGAAACUAAUGAAAUGCCUACAAAUCAGGUUUUGCUGUUCUUUUAUAAAGCUCUUAAAUCUGUUGGUGAUUCAUGGGCCAAGAACCACGAGUGGUUGACCAAAUCCAUAUGCGAGAAAGAUGAUGACAUGAACAUAAAUUCAGAGAAAUUAGGUGAAAGAGUGCUGGAGAAGCUUGAUAAUAUGAUUAAGGCAGCAAAAGAAAUAUAUGAUGUCAUGGAUGAAGAUGGGGAGAAUGAUGAUAAGAUUGCUUUCGGAGAUAUCUUAAAUGAUUCCUAUACAGAUAAUAAAGAUCCUUGUCUUUCUCCGGGCACCCCAACUUCAGUCCUUUCAGCGGUGACACAAAGUUUUGGAACAAUAAGGGAAUUCUCUAGCUUUUCUUAUUCACUGCCAUUUCUUUGGUCUCUUAGGCUUCAGUCUAUGAGGAAAUUGAAGCCCACUUAUGUUCCAACACUAGGAGCUAAGGAAGAACUCAAAGAUAAGAGAGACACAAACAAUAUAUUAGAGGGCCAGAUGCCCAAUCCGAGUUAUACAAUAAACAAUAGGCUUGGAAGUAACAAGAGCGAUGGACUUCCCAAAACGAGUGCUUGUCUUGAGUCUAUGGCUCAAAUAUGCCAAAAAUUUGAUGAACCAGAGCUGAAGUUCCAGGGAACAAAGACAAAUUCGAAAGCAUUACCAAUACCAAGAGCCAAGAAGGAAAAUGAACAUAAUAGAGACAUAAAUGAAACACCAAAGGUCCCACCCCAUUCAAGUAAAACAAGCAAUAAGUUUGAAAGUAAUGAAAUAAGUGAUGUGCUUCAAGAAAUGAGUGUUUCUCCUGUACUUGUACCACCACUCCAGCCCACUUUGCAACCAAAGGUAUUGGCACAACCAUCACCACUACCCCCACCUCUUCUAAAUGUAUCACCACUGCCCCCAACAUUAACACCAAUAACCACAACCCUAGUCCAAUAUCCACCAUCUAUAACCCCCUCAAAUAUAAAAGCAACCCCAUCCCCACCACCAAUCCCUCCAUUAAAAGAAGCAAUUCCAUUGCCACAGUCACCACCCAUGCCUCUAAUAAAGGGAGCAGCUCCCCCCCCACCUCCUCCACUUGGUGUGAAUAAAGCUCAAUGCCACAAGAAAACAAAUACCAAGUUAAAAAGGUCAAUGCACAUGGGGAACUUGUAUCGGCUACUCAAAGGAAAGGUGGAAGGAUCUACUUUGGGUGGUAAGUCAUCUCAAUGGAAAAAGAAUCAUGUUGGGGGUUCAGGUGGUAAACAGGGAAUGGCUGAUGCAUUAGCAGAGAUAACAAGGAGAUCAGCCUACUUUCUACAAAUUGAACAAGAUGUUCAGGAAUAUGCAACAACAAUCAUUGAAAUGAAAUCUGCUAUCAGUUCAUUCCAAACAAAGGAUAUGGAUGAGCUACUUAAAUUCCACCAAUAUGUAGAGUUUCAUCUAGAAGACUUAAUUGAUGAAAGUCAGGUACUAGCGAGGUUUGAAGAUUUCCCCAUAAAGAAAUUGGAGAUACUAAGGACAGCAGCAACAUUGUAUUCAAGGCUAAAUGCAAUUGCUACUAAUCUUGAAAAUUGGAAGGUAGUGGCUCCUCUGGGUCAGCAUCUUGACAAGGUUGAAUGCUACUUCAAUAAGAUUAAGGGAGAAGUGGAUGCAUUAGAAAGAUAUAAAGAUGAAGAAUCUAAGCGAUUUCGGGAUCACAAUAUCCACUUUAACUUCCAUAUUCUAGUGCGAAUCAAGGAAUUGAUGGUGGAUGUUUCUUCUAGUUGCAUGGAAUUGGCUCUUAAGGAGAGAAGAGAAGCAACUGCAAUAACCAAUAAAGAGAUUAUAUCAAAGAAUAACAACCGAUCUAAAGCAUCAGUUAAGAUUCUUUGGAGGACUUUUCAACUGGCAUAUCGAGUCUAUACCUUCGCAGGUGGACAAGAUGAUCGUGCUGACAAGUUGAGCAAAGAAUUAGCUCAUGAAAUAGAGACUGAUCCAAAAAACUAG